AUGUCGCUAAGUUAACUGUCAAGCAAACCAGGAAUAAAUUAUGCAAGUAUUACAUUUUAUAAAUAAGUUCAAGAGAACUCAGACAUAAAAAAAGUCCAAAUGAUUAAUAGUCAUUUGGUUUAAAUGAUGACUUUUUUAAGGAUAGUUUAUAAAAAAUACAAUCUUUGAAAUAGAGAAGAAAACCAAGUGUAGAUUUGAAACAUUAAAGGGCAAAAUCAACACUUGAAAAUAAAUAACACUCAUAUAGAUUUAAUAAACCAAUAAAUGAUAAAGAUGAAUAAGAUGGGGAGAAGUUAUUUGACCAAUUUUUUAAACUUAAUAAUUCAAAAAGUGAUAGUGAAUUUAUAAAAGAUUCUAUGAGGGAUUCAAUGUAAAGAGAUACAAAUAAUAAAAAUUAAGAUCAAUUAGAUUUUUUAAAAUUUGUUGAAAAUGCUAUUGAAUAUCAUAAAUAAUCAGAAGUAAGAUUUUUUAGACCUUCUAAUAAUAAUAAACAUUCUUAUUUGGAAUAAAAACUAAAAGAAGCUACUUUAUCAAAUAGAUUGUUAGCAAAUUAGUUAAAUUAAUACAAACAAAAAGAAAUUGAUCUUAAACAUAAAUUAAAAUUGAUGCAAAAAGAGUUUUCUAUUGAAUAUAGUAGAUUAAUAUAAUAAAAUGCAUGGUUAGAAGAAUUACUAGCAAAAUAAAAAAUAGAUAAUCAAAAUUCAUUAUUAGCUGUUAAAAAAGCUGUUGAAAUGCUUUAAACAAGAUGUAACUGUUAAAAAGGAAUAUAAUUAUGUGAUAAAAUCUUAAGAGAUGUAAAGAAUUAAGAAAAAAUACGCUAGCAAUAUGAAUGGGAAUAAGAAUCUUAAAACAUAUAAUCUUCAUCAGAAUUUAAUAAUAGUAAUGAGGAUGAAUAAACAAAUGAAUUAAAUUUUUAAUUAUUUGAAAAAAAUAGAAAAAAAUCAAUAUCUAAAGUUCAACAUAAUUCAAUUUAGUCAACUGAAGACUAAUAGGAAUAAUUAGUUCAUAGUUAUAUUUAAGGAACUAGCAAAAAUUUGAGAGAAUAUACAAAAGAUUUAUUUCAAAAGAAAAGACAUUUUAAAGAACCUUAUUACAUAGAAGAAGAAAAUACAAUAAAUAGUAGUUGA